AUGGCGGAGGGGCAUGCAACACAGGACACUGUGCAGCGCAGAGCCGAUCUCCCCGACCCGUUCGAUGACUUUGAAGUGCGUCUGGAGGCAGCCUUCAACAACUUUUGGGCUAACCUGAACGAACGAAUGAAGCAGGCGCCCCAGACAACACCACCACAGGUGAGAAAGCAGAAACUUGACGGGACGAGACCUGAAAAAUUCCCCAGAGGCAACCCGACCGCACGACCAACACAACACACCACUAUACGCCUUCCUGGGCCUAGGGCCACUAGGGGCAACCCCCCACAGCACCGACCACACACGCAGAAGGGACCAAACCAACAAAGAGCACCCUUACGCAGCAGAGACCCCGGCAACCUAAACUUGGACCCAAGGAGGGGCCAAGCAAGUGGCAUCAUGGAGCAGGCCCUGGACAUGAGAAGUGCCUCGCCACAAACAAACAGCACAACUCAAUACAAGGAGCCACAGAGGCAUGGAGGAACCCCUGAGGCAUCCAAGCAAGCCCGGACCCGAGCGGCUUUCACGCAACCCCAGCGGCAUCACAGAGCGGGCGUCGGCUGA